UCUUAAUUACGCAAUAUUUAAUCACUAUAUAAAACCCUAACGAUUAGCCAGCGCCCAGUAUGGAGUUUCAUCAUCAUAAGACAACACAAUGGCACAAUACACAAAAACGUAUGUGGUUACUGUGUUGUCUUUACUCGUAGCCGUAACAGCAAUACCAGCUAAUCCAGACAUUUUACUAAGUAAAGGGAAAAUAUCUAGUAAUGAUAUAUCCAAACCAAAAUCAGGAAGUAACGAAAAAACUCCGGAUGAUAAAAAAACCCCCAUUUCCGCAGAAUAUGAUAUACCAUUGAUUGAUCCGUCAAUUAUUGCGAAAUUGUUUGAAGAUGCAGAAUCAGACAAUCUAUUAUCUUAUGAGGAAGGUAAUUUACCCAAUAAACAAAAAGCUAUAAAUCAGAACCAACAACCAGAUAAACCUCAGGGACAAAGUGCAAUAUAUAAGCAGCCCCCAGAGGAAGAUUCUAAUGGUCCAAUAAGUCCUGAAUUACUGGAGGAUGAUAAUUUAUCUGAUCAUUUUGAUCUAUUCGGUAAUAAAGACCAAGGAUCAAAUAAUUCAUUAUCUGACUCAGAAAAUAAACCUGCGAUAAUAGAAUUUAUAAAGAUAACCGAACAUGACAUACCCGACGAUUCAAAGGACUCAGAAACAAAUUCAAAUGAUCAGAGUUCUCAAGAGCCCAAGGAUAUCAAACCGCAAGUUCGGGGGGCUGACAAUGAGAAGCUGAAAGAGGAAAGCUCUAAACAAUCAUCAGUAGAUGAAAACAGUCCUGAGUUUUACGAUUUCCUCACAAAUAAUGGUGAUGUAUUAAACCAAGAGAUACCUAACAAAAAAAGUAGUGAAGAAAAAAUCGAUAAUGAGAAUGGUGUGAUUUCACACGAACAUUUACCUUCUUCAGAUAAUUCAAUAUUUGAACAUAUCAAUAAUGAUGAAAACCAUACCCCAACGGAACGUGACACCGAGUAUGAACAUUCGGAAUAUCAAACCUCUCCUCCACAGUCAAAUGAACAAAAUUCUGAGGCAAUAAAACCUGAAACAGAAGAACAUGUAAAUCCCGAUGCACCUGUACCAAUUUCAAAUAUUGAUAAUAUAUUCAGUAAUUUAGAACCAAUUAAAUCAAAAAGCGAAGAAGAAGGUGAUAAUAAAGUUGUUAUCCCUGAAGCCCCCCAAUUACCACCAUUAGACCCUUCAAUAUUUGAAUAUAUAAAGGAAGAUUCCAAAGAACCUGAAAUAAGUAAACCUAAUGAAAUAAAACCAACGUCUUCUGCACAUUAUGAAGACAACAGUCCCACAUAUUUCAUAGAGCCUGAAAAAAUUCAACAAAUAUUAAAUUCUGCGUCCCCUGGUCCUAUUGAUAAUAAUGAUAAAAUUUCAAGUAAUGUUUUACCCACAAAAUCAGAAAGUAGCGAAGAUAAGGAUGAGGAUCAAAAGGUAGUUAUUCCUGAAGCACCUGAGCUUCCUCCAAUAGAUCCCGAGGUACUUGAGUAUAUAAAGGAAGAAGCGCAAAAUACCGAUGAACAGAAAUUCCCAACACAAAAUGUUGGGGAAUUAGAAGUGCCUGAAAGAGAACCUAGCUACGAAUAUAGUAAUUAUCCACAAAUAGUUAAUAAACCAAUUGAGUUAAUUCCAGCAUUCAAUCCAGAAGACGCAAAUCCUAUAUUUAUCAACAAACCUAAACCGUCAUUCUUUUCAAACUUAUUUUCCUAUCUGCCGUCUUUUCCAUUCUCUCUGUCAUAUUUACCAUCGUUUAACUGGCCAUUUAAACGUCCAUCUUUUAUACGUUCACCUAGUGAAAGGUAUCCAGAGUAUAUCAUAGAAUAAUCAUGUUUACAAUAAACUAAAAUUGUAGUUUUAAUAAAGCGAUAAAAAUA